AUGGCAAGCACCACGCAGCAACACGGUCAGGAGCCGGCAGCAUUGAGCAAGCUGGACGAGUACCGUGGAUCCAACCACUGGGAGGGUCUUCAUCCGUCCAUCGAGGAGCCCAGGACGUGGGACGAGGGUUUCCGCUCUUUCCUGCUCAAGUACGGCAUGGUCAACCACAUGGUGUACGAUGUAUUCCAGAAAGGCAAGCACGGCGUGAAGGACGCGACGGGCCUUCGCGCGAGAUCCCGCUUCGGGGAAAACUUGGAGGAUUUCAAUGCCCUGGGGCUAGAGUUCAGCUACGUGAACAUGGCCGGCGAACAGAAGCAGGAGUAUGACUUCAGCAACGAGUACGAAGUCCAAGCGAAUCUCGUAUGCAGCCCCUCUGCCUUCGCUGUCAAGGAGGAUAACUGGUUCGGCUUCAUUGCCAUCUCCAAGGCCGACCACGGAGGAAAAGAGAUGGUUGUGGUCUUUCGCGGGACAGAAACGGUCAAGGAGUGGGCCCGAAACGCCAAGGUCAAGAUGGUGCCGCUGGAAGGGGCGAAGCAACUGUCCACUCUCGAGCUUGGCUGGGCACGUUGGAACUUGAUGUGCCACGAAGGCUUCCAGCAGCUGUAUAUCGGCAAGCCUAAACACUUCGAGAGCCCCAGAACAGUGAUCCACGAACAGAUCAAGAAGUGGGUGGAGAAGGGAAGGGUGGACAAGGUCACGGUGGUCGGUCACUCGCUGGGCGCCGCCAUGUGCCAGCUUUGUGCCAUCGAUCUGGCAUACUCCAACGUGGGAGGGGACAUCCCUAUCCUGGCCCUGGCGUGGGGGGCUCCCAAGGUUGGAAACAAGACUUUAGCCACAUGGGUGACCGAGCAACCGAACCUGCGCAUCUUGAGGAUCAGCGUCGCGGUCGACACCGUCAUCCGUUUGCCCCCUGACUGGGUGGGCUUUUUGCUGUCCGGAGGAUACAAGGCGACAGGCACGGAGCUGAUUCUGAGCAACAUGCAGAUGCAAAAGCAGGGACUUCUCCGGCUCGACGUCGGGAACAGCCCUCACCAUUGCCUGGAGCAGUACCUCCAUGUGAUCGAACCCUCGCGGGACGUCGCGCUCCUCAACAAGACCUGUAACGUGCUCCCCGAAGAGUACUGCCUCGAGCACAACAUCGCCCCUGCCUGGCACAGCCAGACCUGGCCGCGAACGGUCCCCGGCCACAAAGAGUCAACCGAUGCAACCAGAGCGGUCGUUUCAUCGUAGACGUGCAGCGGCUGACAUAGCCGUCUCUACAGCCGUACUCUUUUGUUCCAGAAGUAAGAGCGGUGUUGGCCUUUGGACCAAAUAAGAUGCAUCUUAAGCGGAGACUAGUACUCUUUCACCUUAACCGCUUGGAGCAACGUGAGCACUCUGCGAAGGAAGGAAAAUAUGCGUGUAUAGCACGUGAUCCAGGGGGUAGCAGGCUGAGCUGUUGUUUUGGGUCGUGGCUGUUAUUUCGCCUUGAUGCGUGCGAGGUAUUGAUCGUAGAUCCACUGUCAGGAAAAUACAUAGCUCUAAAGAAAGGUCCCACAGAAACUUCCAACCCCUCAUGGGGCCUUAGCACAAAUUGAUAUCCCGCGAUGGCGUUUCCAUGGCCGCUGGAUGCGAGUUGAUGUAAUUUGCAGUGUAGUCCUCGGGAAAAUUCCCGGGGCACUUUUCCCGCCGUGAUGGUCGGUCCUGGUAGUCGCGGUAAAUACCGGCAUAUGCAGUACCCCCGGAAAGUACCGCCACGAGUUCGCUCGGCCAAUUGUUAUGGCAG